CGUGGGCGCAACCUUUCGCUGGAUCAUAAGCAGAAUGAGCAGUGAGGUUAUUCUUAUCAACGCCAAAGUGGUCAGGUCAUGGUGACUUUCCAGUUUUCAUUUACAGAGUGUUAUUGAUGGCCUUGUAGCCUUAUCGCAAGCAUUGCUGGCCGCAUUAGAGCAAUAUCUCACACAACAUCUGAUAUAAUAGGGAAGUAAAGAUCAGGUUAGAUAUCUCUUGACUGUCAUUCUGACUUCUUCAAUCACUUUUACAAUAAUAGAAAAGAAACAGAUCAUUGACAUACUAAGACAGACCAUUGGACUAUCCAUGGGCUGAUUGAUGGAUAGUGGAUGGCCUGAUUGAUCUGGCCGACUCCUCACCGCCUUUAAAAAAAAGGUAGCGAAAAAAAGAGAAAAGGUGAUUUUCGUCCAUUCUGAGAAGAUACCCUCAUAAUUCUUCGAUAAAAGUAUCAGUAUAUACUUGCAAAAUGAAGCGGAAGACCGAUACAAGAGAGGCUCUGAAUGGCAAUGGCCAGCCGGAGACCAAGAAGCGCGCACUUUCAAACGAAGAAGUGGCUGCGCGCUUUCGUGAUGGUCUAUUCGAGCCCUCGGAGCAGCAGAAGUAUACCAAGGCGUACGCCCAAUCUAGCCCAUACAAGCAUGGAGUGAUUCAUCCCCUAAUUGAGGAUUCCCUUUUGCGAUCGGUCCGUAACGAGAUCCAAGAACACCUCGACUUCACCGAGAAAGAAACCGAUAUCUACAAGAUCUUUCAGUCUGGCGAUCUGGCAAAUCUCGACGGCUUGGACGAUGCUUCUCUGUCAAAGCUACCUUCAUUGCUGAAGCUGCGUGAUGCCCUGUACUCUGCCCGAUUCCGGGAAUACUUGUCGUCCGUGACGGGCUCUGGCAAGCUUAGCGGGCGCAAGACCGAUAUGGCCAUCAACAUCUACAACGAGGGAUGCCACCUUUUGUGCCAUGACGACGUGAUUGGAAGCCGACGUCUGAGCUAUAUUCUGUAUCUGACUGAUCCUGACACUCCCUGGCAGUCGGAAUGGGGUGGUGCUCUACGUUUGUACCCGACCACCACUAAGAAGGACAUCAAUGGGGAAGACGUCCUAGUUCCCAGCCCUGACUUCAGUCUAAGCAUACCCCCGGCAUUCAACCAGCUCAGCUUCUUCACCGUCCAGCCCGGUGAGAGUUUCCACGAUGUCGAGGAAGUGUAUCACCCCAAGGAGGGUGAAGAUAAAUCGGCCAAGCGCGUGCGCAUGGCCAUCAGUGGAUGGUUCCAUAUCCCACAGAAAGGGGAGGAUGGUUACGAGGAGGGUCUGGAGGAGAAGCUGGCCGAGCGAAGCAGCCUGGCGCAGCUCCAGGGCCGCGGUGACAUCUACGAUUUGCCCCAGACCAAGCCGGUCGUGUGCGAGAAGGAGCCGGAGGUCAAGGGCAAGGGAAAGGCCAAGGUGGAGGAAGAAACCAGCUCCGAGUUCAGCGAAUCCGACCUCAACUUUCUACUCCAGUACAUUGCGCCGUCCUACUUGACCCCCGAUAUCGCCGAGGAGAUGUCCGAGACUUUCUCUAACGAAUCGUCACUCAACCUUGAUCGUUUCCUGUCGGACAAGUUCGCUGCACGGGUACGGGCCUAUAUCGAAGAGCAGGAGAAGCAGGAGCUUCCCAAGUCCUCCGACGAGAUCCAGGCGAAGACCGAAUGGACCGUUGCUCGCCCGCCGCACAAGCAGCGCUACUUGUUCCAGCAGCAUGGGACCGCCACAUCGGACCAGAAAACUCCUAUCCAGGAACUGCUCAACGAUCUGUUCCCUUCCCCCGCGUUCCGGAAAUGGCUGGCUCUGAUUACCGGUGCAGAGCACAUUACGAGCUAUGACCUUCUGGCACGUCGCUUCCGCCGCGGGCAGGAUUACACGCUCGCGAGCGGAUACGACGGUGAAGAACCCCGGCUCGAGUUCACGCUGGGCCUGACACCCACACCCGGCUGGGAGAAGGAAACGGACGAGGACGAAGAGAUGGAGGACGAGAACGGCGAGGCGCAGGAGAAAUCCAAAACGAAGGAAACUGCCUCGGCGGACGAGCCUGCGGUAGGCGGUUACGAGAUCUACAUGGCCGGCGACGACGAAGACGACGGCGACGCAGCCAUCUACAAGUCGGCAGCGGCGGACGAGGACGAUGGCAUCCUCUUCAGCACCGCGGCAGGAUGGAACCGGCUUAGCAUCGUCCUGCGCGACAGCGGCACUCUCAAGUUUGUCAAGUAUGUCAGCGCCGCGGCCAAGGGAGACCGGUGGGACAUUACCGGCGAGAUGGGCGUUGACUUUGGCGACGACGAGGACGAUGAGGAUGACGAGGAUGAUGACGAGGAAUAGACCCGACCCCGCAAAAGUGACGACCUCUUAAGCAAGUACUGUACAUACUCAUGUCUAUUUCUGAAUACAGCGUUGGAUACCAAAAAUAGGUUGCACCGCAGACAUCAAUAUGUUGCUGCCUA